UUCCUCAGCUGUGUGAAGAAGUCAAAGCUUGCCUGUGACGGAUCUGAGAUGGACUCACCACAGGAAUCCACGGAGGGUCUCGAGCUUUAUUCCACACCAGUUGAUCCCCCUGCAGAGAAAGCUGAGCAGCAUGGGGAGUGUCUGGAGAUAAAGGACCAAACUGAUCACCCAAAACCUCUUGAACAUCUCCUCACGUCAGUUCAAGAGGGGACGGUCGGGGAAAACCCAGAACACGAGCUGCAUGAAAAGGACGUCGAGUCUGAGGAAGUUACGACAACAGUGACUGUCGGAGAACAUUCUUUUUCCUCAAAAGAUGAAGAUGAAAUUGUGGUAGACAACGAGGAACAUAGCGAGGAACACAGCGGUGUUGUUGUCCCAAGCCCUCUUGCUACUACAGGUGAGGAGGAUGAAGGUGAUAACGAAGGAGGAGAAGAGGAAAAGGUGUGCUCUCCACAUUUAGAGAACAAAGUUGAAGACACUUCUGAAGGAAGUGUAAAAGAUUCGUUUUCUGAUUUAGAAGUGGAUAUUGUAAAGACAGAGGAAGAAACAGAGGAGGAUAUGGAGCUGCCUCGUUACGUCACAGGUUGCAAAUACCGGUGGGCCAAAUUUGUGGAAACUCAAAGCAAGGACGUGGGCUUUUUUCCUUCUUACUCACCGAAAGAUCCGGUGUUGUUAUCUUGGGAUGAAAAGGCGGCUGCCUUCUUCUCUUCCGAGUUACGCAUUGUUUGUGGGGAUCACCAUGGUAACCUGAUUAUCGAUGGCAAUCUGUACCCAGUGGAAGAAUUCUCUGUGCGGACCUACACGUUUGAAAUUGACCUCUUCAUGAAAGACGAUGUAAUAGAAGAUGAGGAGGUGGUCAAGAAAGCAGACCAGCAAGAAGUGAACUGCGACAAACAGAAAUCUGAAACGAAAGUAGAUACUUGCAAAGACAUUUCUUCACAGCUGGAUGGUGGUAAAGAUGGUCAGCUCAGCGAUGGAGAUUUUGCUGAUGUUCGUUUAGACACAGAGCCAAAAAUAGAAGAUAUUAAGUGGAGGCAAAUGAACAACCAAGAAACUACUGCUGGCGAAGAUGCAUUCUUAUCAUCCUCCUUCAAAUCAGACUCGAGCAGAUCAGUAACCAUCUCCAAAAGACAUUCCCCUGUAGGAGAUGAUGACGUAGGUAAAUUUAUUGAACCAGCUAUUGAUAGCGUUCUAAACGGGAGCAGCAACAAGAUUGUUACAGGAGGCAGAUUACACAGCAGUAAAGAAGUAUCUCCAGUGGGUACUCCUGAAAGGUCCGUGUCCCAGAUAUCAGAACGAAUUGCAGUAAAUGAUGAGCUGGUAGAAGACGUCGUAGCAGACUCUUCACUCCAUCGACCUACAUUUCAACUCUCUGGGAGCCUGGCUCUGGCAGCUGACCUUGACAUGGAUGUGGUACCCGUGCGAGGGUCAAGGCCUCCUUCUUUAGGUGGGGGAUCUGGCCACGGAUCAGCACAAGGGUCAGCACGUCCAUCUCCUGCUCAAGAUGUGAUCUAUGGACGACCUCCAUCAAAAGCCAGUGAUAGAUUUUCGCCAUCCGUUGCAAGAGAGGAAACGCCUAGUAUUUCUAGACCUUCAUCAGGUUCCAGAUUUUCCUCUGCCAAUGAUACUGGCUCUCCAAAUGUCAUGAAUGGUCGGACCACAUCUCCUGUUGUUAACUCCGUGCAUUCGUCUGCCAGAUCUUCUCCUUUGAAGGAUGCUAAAGGAGACAGCUUAGUUAGCAGCAGAGAAAGAUUAAUUGAUGCUGGAGACAUAAGUAAUCGGCCACCCAGCCUCCGAGGGAGUCGAGCCGGAAGCAGGCCUCAGAGUCAGGGAAGUCUAAGCAGUGAGCAAGAACUGACACAAUAUCUCGAGUCUGGUUCUAAGCAAGACAGCAUGGAGCACUUGUUACCAGCAGGUGGGGAAUCCCAUCCGGACGAGUCUCUGACGGACCCAGCUAUCAUGCGAGGGACAGAGAGACCCACUAGUAUGCCCAACUACACCACACAACUUCAGAUGAACGCAGAGAAGCGCAGCAUGACUCCAGACAACCGCAUACGGGUACCCCCCUCGACAGAUGUUCCCGCUUUCCGUAGUUCCCUGGUGACAGAGAGAAUGGAGGAGACCCUAGGAAGAACAAGCGCUGUCUCCCAUACCUCAUCAGUUUCAUCCCGUGGGAGUAGUCGUACCAUCACACCUGUAGCUGUGGAGAACGGAACUCGAGAGAGUAAUCAUGAACGCCGUAAUGACCUUGAAGUAACUGUAAGCAAUCUGCGAAAGCUUCUUAUGAGCCGGGAGGCUGAAGUCCACUCAAUGUCAACGCAGAUGCAGGACCUCAAGGACAUAAAUAGGUCCCUUAAGGAAGAGCUUGACCAUCGAGGCAGAAGGCAUACCCCAGUCUCAAGUGAAACUGCUGAGUUCAAGCAGCUGCUGUCUGAGAAAGAAAUCUUGGCCAAAGAGGUUGUGUCAUUGCGAGAAGAACUGCAGCGCAUGACCCUCAGUCAAGGGUCAGGAAGCGGCCGAAACUCUACCAGUUCUGGUAUUAGCGACUACUCUCCAAACCACCCUGUUGUUUUACAACGCAAAAUAGGUGAUCUAGAGGCUCAUAUCCGUGACUUACAAGAAGUGAAUGAAUCGUCAACUUUCAAUAUAAACAAGGCAGAGGAGAAAGUUAAGAGACUUUCAGCUGAAAACAAGGAACUGAAGGCGCGUGCGCUAAGUGCAAAUGACCUGCAGUCGGAUUCGGAUCAACAUCUUAGAGUCGAACUAAGAACUCUGAGAGAAGAUGUUCGCAGCUUAAAAGAAAGGAAUUUUCAGCUGACGGAGGAAAACAUGCGACUUUUUGAGAGUCAUAGCAAAAUAAAACCCACAGAUGCUUCCAUUUCCACAUCAGUAGGAGCCCGGCUCACAAGCAGUAUAAGAUCAGAUGAUGGAGUUGCGAGGCAAGCUUCUGCGUACAGACGAGACAAGGAAAUCGCCCCACCUGUCUCUGCAGGUCAUUACUCUCACUCGCGCCUUUACAGAGAAGACCUAGCGCCAAAAGAACUACGACAUUCUACUCUAAACAGGAGCUACGAUUCUGAUGCUCGCAUGUUGGAAACAAGUGCCAGACUUUUGCAGGAAAGAGACCGGUUAGAGUCGGGUCGUUUGAGACAUCAGCUGAAGGAAAAUUCUACUCCAAAGACCUCAGACUCCAUCAGCAGGGGAAGUGUACUAUAUUCAGACAGAUCCAGGCCAGAUGGGGAAGUUUCUGAGAAGCUGCAUGCCGAUAAAUACAGUAAAACUUCUUCAUCAAUAGAGCGGAAGAGUUACGAAGAUACAUUGCAAGACAGAGGCUCAUCCUUAUACCUAGAUAAACAUUUACAUCGGGACCUGCAGCCACGAAGUGACCACAGAGACAAGUACAGACACACGAGUGAUGCUGCGUGGGACAGAGAGGCUCGUGUCAGCACAACGUCCAGAAGCUACUCGUCUGGUGCUACUUUCAGUUCUAAGGACAUUUUCUUCAGCUUGCAGCAAAAAAGAGCAAACCAGUGGCCUCAGUCAGCUGUAAGAUCUCAGUGUGAGGAGUCAGAUGAAUAUGAUAGUGACUCCACAAUGGUGCUAAUGUCUGGCCAUAGAGAGGAACCCGCAGGGGAGCUCUCAGCUGUGACGAUGGCAGAAGUUCAUAGAAUUUCAGAGAAGGAAAGAAAAGGACCCUAUUUUGACUCCGAUAAUAAGUACAUCAGUGGCAACUUGGACUUCCAGAAGCUGUCAGCACGGACUGAUGACACAGCUGAUGACAGUGACACUGCCACUGACAUUUUAUUGGCUCAAGAUGGCACUGCCAGAGGUAUUCAUCAAAGACGUACAUCUGUCGGAUCCAAUGGCUCACUGUCUUCCCUGAGUGAUGUAGAUGAGCCAUCUGAUAGUGCCCUAAGACGACGCUCCAAAUCUGUGGAUGCCCACAGAGGCCUUGACUCCUCACGCAGCCGCCAAAUGACUACCUUACAUCGGAGCGGCUCAGCCACAAGGCCGCUGUCCUCAAUAGACAGUGCCAGGUCUAGCGCUGGUCAUCGCAGUGUACUCCCUGCUCCAAUGGUCACUCAGCACAACAAAGGGGAGAUCACCAGCAAGGGAGCUGCUUCUCUUCUUGGCAGCUCUUUGACACAUGGCAUGCGACCUUUUGCACCACGAAGUCCAGCUGAUGUCAGACCAGAGGAUGUCAUCAAAUUUUCCAGACAGGGAGGAAAACUGACUCAGGGGGUGGUCAAGUUUGUGGGGCACCUGCCUGGACGAGGCGAGGCUUACCUCGGUGUGGAGCUGGAUAGAGAUGAAGGAAAACAUGACGGAACAUUUGAGGGCAUCCGAUAUUUCAAAUGUAAACCAAGCAAGGGAGUGUUUGUGGCUUUCAACAAAGUGGUCAUGGCUUGGGCUCCUUAGCUGCCGCUGUUGGAGGGCUUGGUGCUUUGUGUCAGUGAAAGCUCAAUCUGAGCUCAUUUUUCUUGUAUUGGUUUUAUCUUUAACCUGUCCUUUAAAAAGUGUGUUGUUGUUGGUAAGCAAUUUAGUUGUUAUAAUUUAUGUUUCACUUUUGACCAUAGUG